AUGAUGAGUUCCGGCGAUGAGGAUGCCGAGUUAGAUGAUGAGGAUGAUGAAUUAAAUCGUGAGGAUGAUGAGUUAGAUCGUGAGGAUGAUGAGUUAGAUCGUGAGGAUGAUGAAUUAGAUCGUGAGGAUGAUGAGUUAGAUCGUGAGGAUGAUGAGUUGAAUCAUGAAGGUGAUGAGUUAGAUCAUGAGGAUGAAUUAAACAAUGAGAAUGACGAGUUCGACGAUGAGAAUGGUGAGUUAGAUCAUGAGGAUGAGCUAGACGAUGAGGUUGAUGAGUUAGAUGUCAAACUCAUGGGCCCCGGGAUGGUCACAAGUGGGAUGACAAGAAUCGUCAGCCUGAAAAAUUAUGGUCUCUAG